AUUCAAUACUCUAUUUGUUUAAAAUCGUGUAGUUUCUCCACCUCUCACGCGUGUCCCCCGUCCUCAGUACCCUCUGGUUCUGACGGUCCACAGCGUCCCCACGCCUCUCGUUACCCAGUCAGCAACAAGCCCCCCGUAGCGCAUUUCCGACUCCCGCUAGUAGCCAUGAUCUCUCCCCUGAAGGACAUUGUUGUCGCCACCGUGCUCGGCAUCGGCGCCGGUAUGGUCUGGAACAACUUUAAGGACGGCGAGCUGGACCGCAUCAGCCGAUUCUACAAGUGGUACGACGCCCAGGAGGCCCACAAGAAGAGCCUGCACGCCGACGACUAAGCUGCUAAUGGACGCAACCCAAGAAGCUAUUGCUCCUCUUUAUUGUGAGGCCACGCUAUUGUCACAUGUGUGUUGCCGGCCUACGUGAACAACAGCGUCGGGCAGGGAUUUAACAGUCUUCAACAGGUCGACGUUUGCUGCCUACGAGGAGAGUGAGAUUAAUGCAGAAAAGUUAAGAAAAAAGCAAGAAAAAUGAGGAAGAUGGCAAUGACCCACGCCACUGUUAGUGUAUGCGAGGAGAUAUCUGAGUCUGAACCAAAGUGUCUGUUGCUUUAGCGCUCG